AGAUCCAACGAGGGCACUCGGCACUUUACGAUGAGAAUGCUGACAAUGCAGCUGCUGUGCGCCUUGCUGCUGUGUUACCAGAGCGUCGUGACGCUUACAGCCGCCACUACUGAGAACGGUGGAGAUGUGGGUCACCACAAUUCAACAGUGCCUAAGCCAAUCAUCUUGCGCCUCUACAUGAAUACGGACAUCCGAUUCCGGUACGCACGGACCGCUGUCACCAGCAGGGUAAGCAACGCCGCCAACAUCUCCCAGGAGGUGGCGUUCAGCGUCGUGCUCCCAGACGCUGCCUUCGUGUCCGGAUUCCACAUGGUGGCAGACGGCGUGCAGUAUGACGCCUACGUGAGAGAGAGGGAGGCCGCAAGACAGGAAUACACGCAGGCGCUGAGGCGGGGCAGGACUGCGGGUCACGUGGCUCUCAGCACCCGAGAUUCGCAGCGAUUUGCGGUCUCCGUGAAUGUGGAGCCGCACAAAAAGAUUGACUUCAGACUGACGUACGAGGAGCUACUGGGCAGGCGCCUGGGGACGUACAGACACGUCCUCAACCUGGACCCAGGGCAGAUCGUUCAGGACCUCAGAGUAACAACGCGCAUCAGCGAGUCCAGCAACAUCACGAGCCUUAGAGUUCCUGCUCUCAGAACAAGCAACGAGAUAUUAGAUGACCCGUCGGAGGCGAGCAACCCGCUUGUCAUCAUCGAGCGGCCUUCCCCCGAGUCUGCCGUGGUGAAGUUCUGGCCAACGGAGCAGCAGCAGCGAGAUCUUGCGGCCGAGGGCUUACAAGGUCAGCUCGUAGUGGAGUACGAAGUAGACAGGACAUCGAGACCUGGCGAAGUUCUUGUAAGCGACGGCUACUUUGUCCACUUCUUCGCUCCUGAACACCUGCCGCCUUUACGGAAACACGUCAUAUUUGUGCUGGAUGUCAGUGGGUCCAUGAGCGGUCGCAAAAUCACACAACUCAAGGAGGCCAUGAGCACUAUCCUGAGCGACUUGAAUCAGGGUGACCUGUUCAGCAUAGUGCCCUUCUCUUCCACCGUUCAGGUGUGGGACUACAAUGCAACGGAGUCAGAGCUGAGGAAUGGAAGGCGGAGGCUGGGACAAAUCCGCUGGGGCGACUAUGGCGAAGAAGAAGAAGAACAAGCAGAGACGCUGGUCCCUACUGUCAUAGCGACCGCCACCUCUGACAACAUAGAGAAGGCCAAGGAAUUCGUCAACGAUCUCUCAGCCAUCGGCGCAACCAACAUCAACGCAGCUCUACAGAAAGCUCUGCAGAUCUCUCGGCUCAGCACUGAAGAAAACAGUGUGCAGAAACCGGAACCAAUCGUCAUUUUCUUGACGGACGGACAGGCCAACAUUCAUCCCAGCGACCCGGUCAGCAUAAUGUCCAAUGUACGGCAGGCAAACACAGGCAACUCGUCCAUCUUCAGCCUGGCGCUCGGACGGCACGCGGACUUCACCUUCCUGCAGAAGUUGUCCUUACGCAACACCGGCUUCGCGCGGAAGAUCUACGAGGCUUCAGACACGGCUCUGCAGCUGCGGGAUUUCUACCGCCAGGUGGCAUCUCCGCUGCUUGCUAAUGUCACCUUCACAUAUCAGCCCGAUCAGGUGGCGAGAAGCACCCUGACCAGAACCAAGUUUCGACGAAUAUUCUCUGGCUCAGAAGUUGUCGUCGCCGGGAGACAGAGCUCAGAGGACUUCACGAGCGAAGUGAAGGGACAGUCACUGUCUGGGAACUCACAGUAUUCCUUCACCCCGACAGCACUGCCUCCUGCAGACACCAAUGCGAAUGCGAGCUCCAUGGAGCGACUUUGGGCCUACCUAACCAUCCAGCAGCUGCUGGAAAAACAAGACGCGGGCACCGACGACGUCAAUGAUUACUACUGCUGUGAUGAGGCCGACGACGAUGGUGAUAGAAAUAACACCGACGCCCUGACACUUGCGCUAAGGUAUUCGUUCGUUACGCGGUUGACGUCACUUGUCGUUGUGAAGCCAAAUGAAAAUGCGUCCUCCGUGAACACCGAGGACGCGAGUGAAGCGACUGCACCAACUGCUCAUGCACUUCCUGAUGGCAUCAGAAGGCAGACGCCAUACAGCGCAAGCGCACUGCAGCCAAGGUACUCGUUUGUGCCUCCUCCAGGAGGCAGCGGGAGGCAGACGCAUUAUAGACCAGAUCCAAUGCUGAUAAAUCAUUCGCAUGUGAUUUCUCCAGGGCUUAGCACAGCGAAUACAUUGGCCACUCUGAGUGACAUAACCUGGCUCUCGCCUAACGACACUGUCGUCUCGCUGCCAACCGGUGUAAACAGAACAGUUGAAGUGCUGCUCUUGGCCACAGCUAACGAGAUAAAUGUGGCUUACGCGGCAUGCACGACGCCUGGCGGCGAGUCCGGACACUGCAGACAUCUGAAGUACUGCGUUCUGCAUUUAUUCACUAAUAGUCGAGAACAGUUCCUCGAGUAUUUCUGUCGUAUCGAUAGUUUCCUUGGAGUGUGCUGUCCAGACUCCGUCCGGGCGCCUGAGAACGGGCGUUAGCUUCGGGAAGCACACAGCACAGCGGUAUUCAUGUUUCUGACUGCUAAUAAACAUGUUUUGCCGGUAUCCUGCUUUGUUUACAGCGGCAUAUAAGUAAUGUAGAUAAGUGUUAAGAGCUGCGGUUCUGUCUGACUCAACAUUUUAUAUUGCAACUUUACUAAUGGAAAGUACAUUUGUGGAUAAUUAAACAGUACAAGAUGCAUCUGCCCCGAGUAA